GCCCCCGGCUCGGCUGCGGCGGUGGCGGCACCGAGCCUGGCCCGGCCUGACCGGUCCCGUCCCGUCCCGGGGCAGCAGCGGGUUGAGGCUCCGCCGAUGGCUUCGCCCCGCCGCGCCUCCUCCUCCCCCGCCGCCGCCGCCGCCGCCGUAUGAAGGUGCGCGGAACCGGAGAGGCGGCGGCGGCGGCGCGGCGGGGCCCGGCGGCACCCAGCAGGGAAACCCGGCGGAGAACCGGGCUGGAGCUGGGGGCUGGUGCCGUCGUUGCUCGUUCCAACCUCGCCACACGGCCACGGCCGCCGCCGCCGCCUCCGCAGCCGCUUGCCGGGGGUCCCGGUGCUGACGGGAACCGACUCUCGGUGCUCCUCAGGAAGAUGCACUUGUUCCGGAGCUCCAGCUACGAAAUCCGGCUGGAGGGCGAGGGGGGCAACCUGCCCCGCAUCCAGGGCAUUCGAUGGACCCCUCUUCUGGACACUGAGUGCAGCCUGGACUAUGGCCACAGCCUGACCCAGGCCUCCUCGGAGAAGAUCUGGAGGGCAGGGAAGCUGCUCCUGUGCCACCUCAGUGCCACCCGCCCCGGGCUCAUCCGUGACCACAAACACCACCUGAGGCACCACAGGCAGUGCUGCUCUGGCAAGGAGCUGGUGGAUUGGCUGCUGGGCACCGGACUGGGCAUCCAGGCACGAGGGCAGGCCGUGGGCAUCUGCCAGGUGCUGGUGGACGGAGGUGUCCUGACCCACGUGAGGCAGGAGUGGCACUUCCAGGACAAGGACACUCAGUUCUAUCGCUUCGCUGAGCUGGAGCUGGGCACCGAGCCUGGCACCGAGCCUGGCACGGGGCUGCGCGACGCAGAGGAGCUGCUGGAGGCUGUGGCCUUCCUGGCACAGCUGGGCCCUGAUGCCCUGCUCACCAUGGCCCUGCGCAAGCCGCCUGCGCAGCGCACGGAGGAUGAGCUGGAGCUGAUCUUCGAGGAGCUGCUGCACAUCAAGGCUGUUGCUCACCUCUCCAACUCGCUGGGCCGACGCUGGUGCCCCCUGGCACAGGUGAAGCGGGAGCUGGCAUCUGUGCUGAUGUUCGAGUCCCACCAGCGAGCAGGAACUGUCUUGUUCAGCCAGGGAGAUAAGGGCACCUCCUGGUACAUCAUCUGGAAGGGCUCAGUCAACGUGGUCACCCUUGGCAAGGGUUUGGUUGCCACCCUGCACGAGGGGGAUGACUUCGGGCAGCUGGCACUGGUCAACGAUGCCCCCCGGGCAGCCACCAUCAUCCUGCGGGAGGACAACUGCCACUUCCUCCGCGUGGACAAGCAGGACUUCAACCACAUCCUGAAGGACGUGGAGGCCAACACCGUGCGGCUGAAGGAGCAUGGCAAGGUGGUGCUGGUGCUGCAGAAGAACCUGCAGGGUGGCAGCUGCCAGGCAGCCAUGGCACGGAGCAGCAGGUACUCCGUGGUGGCUGGCACCCCGGAGAAGAUCCUGGAGCACCUCCUGGAGUUCAUGAGGCUUGAUGCCACACUCUAUGACCCCGUGGAUACCCUGCUGGGGGACUUCCUGCUGACCUACACCACCUUCAUGUCGACCUCGCAGCUCUGCAGGGCUCUGCUGCACCAGUUCCGCACGGAGCCGCUGGAGGGCUCGGAGCAGGACCGGGCGAGCUUCACCCUGCACCGGCGCAGGAAGAUCCUGCGGCUCGUCAGCCAGUGGGUGCUGCUCUACGGGCGGCUGCUGCAGGGCGACCGCAGCACCACGGCCCUGCUGCAGAACCUGGCAGACCUGGCAAGCAGAGACCCUCGCCUGGGUGGGCUGAGCCAGGAGCAGGAGCGGCGGCGCCCAGCACCCCCCCACCGGGGGCUGGAGAAUGGAGAUGGCAGCAACUCGCCACAGCCCAAGGCCAGGAGCUCAGCCAGCUGGCUGCCAAGCCACGAGGAGGCCACUUCCAGCAGCAGCAGCUGUGCCUUGAGAGCCCAGGACAAAGUGCCCUAUGAGGUGUACAGAGCAGACCACUCCUGCCUGGUCACUGUGCUGCCAGUCAAUGCCUCGGUGAGGGACAUCCUGCGGGCCCUGGGCCCACAGCUUGGCCCGGAGGGAGACCACAUCCUGGUGAAGGUGAACUCAUCUGGAGAGAAGGUUGUGCUGCAGCUGGAGGCUGUUGGGGUCUUCACAGCCCUGGGGCUCAAUGAGAGGCUCUUUGCUGUGAGUGUGGAGGAGCUGAGCAGCCUGAGUCCCCACCCCGAGCAGCUGGGCCCCCACAUUGGCUCCUCAGAGACCCUGGAGCUGAUCAGCUCCAAGGACCUGGCCACACACCUCACGGACUACGACUGGAGCCUCUUCAAGAGCAUCCACCAGGUAGCUGCAGCAGGCUGCCAGGUGGAAAUGAUCCACUACAUCGUGGGGCCGCAGAAGUUCCACGAGGUGACCACGGCCAACCUGCAGAGGGUGAUGAAGCGCUUCAACGAGCUGCAGUUCUGGGUGGCCACGGAGCUCUGCCUCUGCCCGCAGCUGCCGCGCCGGGCGCAGCUGCUCCGCAAGUUCAUCAAGCUGGCUGCACACCUGAAGGAGCAGAAGAAUCUCAACUCCUUCUUCGCGGUGAUGUUCGGUGUGAGCAACACAGCCGUGAGCCGCCUGGCCAAGACCUGGGAGAGGCUGCCCCACAAGGUCCGGAAGCUGCACUCGGCGCUGGAGCGGAUGCUGGACCCCUCGUGGAACCACAGAGUCUAUCGCCUGGCAGUGGCCAAGCUGAGCCCCCCAAUCAUCCCCUUCGUGCCCCUUCUCCUCAAAGACAUGACCUUCAUCCACGAGGGCAAUCGAACCCUGGCAGAGAACCUCAUCAACUUCGAGAAGAUGCACAUGAUGGCAAAGACCCUUCGUGCCCUGCAGCGCUGCCAGGGCCACUCGCAGGCUCCUCUCUCCCCGCUCCGGAGCCGCUCCCCGCACCGGCACGAGGACCCUAAGGCCGUCAGGAUCUCCACCUGCUCGGAGCAGUCGCUGAGCGUUCGGUGCCAGCUGCCAGCCGGUGCCUACCUGCAGCAGCUGCCAGCCAUCGACUGCCAGGCGAGGCUGCUGCGGCUCUCCCGGGACCUGGAGCCCUGAGCAGGCCAACGAGUCGGAGCCGGGGGGGGAUGGGAUGUGCCAGCCCCUCCCGGGGGCUGCGCCUGGAGCCAGCCCGGAGCAGCCUCCUGCUUGGCCGUGCCAGCUGCGGCGGGCAGCAGGCAGGGCAGGGCAGCGCAGCGGGUGGUGCCCGCGGGCACGGGGGCAGCAAUAGAGGUAUUUUUGUACUCCA